CUGUGCGGGCCCCUUUAAGGCCCGUGUGUCCCAGCGCCUCAGGGCAGGAGGCGGUAACGCGGGCGGCGCCCAAGCCCUGACGCCGCGCGCUCCGCCCAAUCGGCUGCCGGGUUCCUCACAGCCGGGCCGCGGCUGCUGGUGUCGGGGCUGACUCGCCCCCCCGCCCGGGGAUGAACAUCAUGGAUUUCAAUGUGAAGAAGUUCGCUGCCGAUGCGGGCACCUUCCUGAGCCGCGCCGUGCAGUUUACCGAAGAAAAACUUGGUCAAGCAGAGAAGACUGAACUGGAUGCUCAUUUGGAGAACCUCCUCAGCAAAGCAGAAUGUACUAAACUGUGGACAGAAAAAAUUAUGAAACAGACAGAGGUUUUAUUGCAGCCAAACCCAAAUGCUAGAAUAGAAGAAUUUGUCUACGAGAAGCUGGACCGCAAAGCACCAAGUCGUAUGAAUAACCCAGAACUACUAGGCCAGUAUAUGAUUGAUGCAGGGAAUGAGUUUGGCCCAGGAACAGCAUACGGAAAUGCACUAAUUAAAUGUGGAGAAACACAAAAGCGAAUUGGAACAGCAGAUAGAGAACUAAUUCAAACAUCUGCUAUAAACUUCCUCACUCCUCUAAGAAAUUUUAUAGACGGAGAUUAUAAAACAAUUACUAAAGAACGCAAACUAUUGCAAAAUAAAAGACUAGAUUUGGAUGCAGCAAAAACCAGACUGAAGAAGGCAAAAGUUGCAGAAGCUAGAGCUGCAAUUUGGGCAGAGGAAGUGACAAAAUCUGAACAGGAAGUACGAAUAACUCAGAGUGAAUUUGACCGUCAAGCAGAGAUUACCAGACUGCUGCUGGAAGGCAUCAACAGCACACAUGCACAUCAUCUUCGCUGUCUGACAGAUUUUGUUGACGCUCAGAUGACCUAUUAUGCACAAUGUUACCAAUAUAUGUUGGACCUCCAGAAACAACUUGGAAGCUUUCCAUCUACCUUCCGCUCUAACAAUAAUCAGUCUUCCUCAACCCCAGUGCCAAGUGUUUCUGCUCCCUCAGUCUUGGCUUCUGCCUCUGCUUCAUUGCCUUCAGGAAGCAAUUCAGUAGUUACUUCAGGCUUCAGUGAACUGAAAGCAUCAAGUGGCAGCAGGAAAGCUAGAGUUCUCUAUGAUUAUGAUGCUGCAAACAGCAGUGAACUAUCACUUCUUGCAGAUGAGGUGAUCACAGUGUACAGUGUCCCUGGUAUGGAUUCAGACUGGCUGAUGGGUGAAAGGGGAAAUCAGAAGGGCAAAGUGCCUAUUACUUACUUAGAACUGCUGAACUAAAUGGCUGGCCUGACUAAAGACUGCCAGUUACGGUGACACCAUAUUUAUAUACAAUUAACUUUAUAUAAAGCAGGUUUAAGUGUCUUCCAUGUUAUUGUCUUAAGGGAGAAGAAUACCAGUCAUCAGAAACCGGCUCUUCUGCCACUAUUGUUGCAUGGUAAAUACUCUGUUCAGAUUUAAUUUGUGUUUAAAGCUUUUAUUUCAUGUGCCAAGAAUGUUUCCUACAGAAUUGUUUCUACUGAAGUUUUCACUAAUACCAAGCUUCUACUUUUGAGUAAUCUAGACCGAAAGCAGGAGGGCACUGUUUUCUACUGAAUUUUUCAUUAAUGGCAAGCUUCUUUCCUCACAUAAAAUAAAUUUAUUGUGAAUUGA